AUGCCGUCCUCUAAAACCUUAACUCAGACACGACUUCUAAGACAACGCAUUGGCUCGCUGCCUCCAUAUUGUUACUGGGAUGAGACAAAGUCAAGGAAAAGCAAGACCUCAUUCCCAUUCCCAUUUAGUGUACGACUUAUCACUGCUGUGUUUUUCCUUCCAUUCAUGGAUCUUCUCUCCCUCCCAAGUUUGAGUGCCUUAGUGCUGCUUGCUGCAGCUCUCUGGUUUUCUUCUACUAGAAGAAGAAAUCCUCCAGGAAAUCUCCCUCCAGGACCACUCAACUUGCCAGUCAUUGGCUGUCUCCACAAGCUCGGCUCGCUCCCUCACAUUUCACUCCACAAACUCUCCAAGAGAUACGGCGAUGUGAUGCACUUGAAGCUCGGCAGCGUGUCCACAGUCAUAAUCAGCUCCGAGAGAGCUGCCAGAGAGAUUUUCAAGCGCCAUGGUCUCGAGUUUGCCUCCAGAGCUCCACUGAUCUGCGGGAAAUACUUUGAAAACGACUACAGUGGUCUAGUUUUCAGCCAAUACACUCCGGAAGUGAAGCUCUACAGGAAGCUCAUCAACACUCACUUGCUCUCCCCGACCAAGCUCAAAGUUUACGAUGGAAUCCGUCGCGAGGAGCAGUGCCGUCUCGCUCGAUCUCUCAGUUACGAGCGAGGGAAUCCGGUCCUCCUGCGGCAAAAGCUCCACAACAUGAACAUGAACGUGAUAACUUACAUGCUAUUCGGGAAGCGCUUCUGUGGACACCACAAGAACACUGCGAAUGUCGACGAGUUCCUACGACGAAUGUGCAAGCGAUCGUGGAGACGGUUAGGCUGGCUGGAGUUUUCAAUGUGA